AUGGUGAUUGAUAGAGGCGUCUUUCCAUGGAAAAGCAGUUCCUCAACCAAAACCCAAGAGACAACACCAGGUUCGACUUGGCGGUUAUUCGGCAGUAAAUCCAAUGGGAAUUUAACUAAGAGUUUGUCGACUGAAGUUCAGAAAACAUUGACUCCAGCUUCGUCAGCCGCGAACACUCCUCAUCACCACAAAAGACAAGGGAGCUCGGCCAGUGAAAAACAGUUUGACGAUCUCGUCGCUAGUUCAAUAGCACUUAUACAGCAUGAUAGACCAUCAAACUUACCAGCGAAGUGCACGGAGGAAGCUCUCCGUCACAAAGCUGAGCAUGCGAGGAUGGUGGAGGCAGCCAGGCGGAGAGUCGAGCGUGAGGCUGCAGCAAGGCAUGCGAGAUUGCAAGAGUCCAUACGGAUGGAAGAAAGAUUAGCAAGGCACGCGAGGGAGUGGACACAGACUAUAUUACCGGAUUGGCAAAAUAUGAAAAAUGCAAAACGUACUCUUGAACUUUGGUGGAGCGGGCUUCCACCGGCUAUAAGAGGUCGGGUCUGGCAACUGGCAAUCGAAAAUAAACUUAAGAUAACACACGAAAUGUACCAGGAUUACGUCACAAAAGCGAAGCAGAAACUACUCGAGGCACAAUUGAGACGGAAAAGGUUAAAAGUCAACAUCAAAAACACAUGUGACUGCAAAAACGAUCAGCCCAAAUCUGAUGAAACUAAAGAAGAUAGGUUAUCCAGUGGAGACUUUGCAAAGACAGAAGAAAGAUCGUCCAAAAGGUCGGAAAAGAUGUCCAAAAUGGACGACAGGUUAGAAGAUAAAUCGGAAAAACCACGAUUGGGUAUGCCAAGAAACUUUAGCGAGCAGAAUCUGAAGACGUUGAACGUAGAUCCAGGGCCGAAAAAGUGUUGUUCAAAAUCUAACCCUAAUUUGUUAGAUUAUAGUGACGAAUGUUCUAUGGAAUUAAUUCAGUUGGACAUAGCUCGGACAUUUCCACAUCUGUGCAUAUUUCAACCGGGCGGGCCCUAUUUUGAUGUACUUCACGAGCUACUCGCGGCGUACGUGUGUUAUAGGCCUGAUAUCGGUUACAUACAGGGUAUGUCGUUUAUAGCUGCAGUGUUGAUAUUGAACAUGGAAGCCCCUCAAGCGUUUGUGUGUUUCGCCAAUUUACUAGACGGGCCAGUGUUACGCGCGGCCUUCACUAGAGAUGGCGCUACUAUGCAGCGGCUAUGGAAAGCGUACAGCCGGCUGCUGGCGCACAACCUGCCGGCGCUGGCGGACGCGCUGGCGCCGGAGCUGUACCUGGUGGAGUGGCUCUACACCGCCUUCGCCAAGGCCAUGCCUCUGGACGCCGCCUGCCGUGUCUGGGACAUGUUCCUCAGGGAUGGGGAUACGUUCCUGUUUAAUACUGCCCUUGGUAUUCUCCAUCUCUACCAAGACGAACUAAAAGACAUGGACUUCAUAUCGGCAGCACAAUUCCUAACAAAACUCCCAGAGGACCUGGACCCUGAAGCGCUAUUCAAAAGCAUCUCCUCAGUCUCCAUGACCCUGGACGGUAUGUCGUUCGAGGAGCUGGUCUCAUGCUGUCCAGUAGAGAACAGCCUGGAUGAUGAUGUUACCAUCCGAUUA